AACAUUAUUUCAGAAAUAACCCGUGACAAGUAUAAAAAGGUAUAUCAAAAAAUCUUUGUUGCUACAACUAUUCAAACUAUUCGAACAAAGAAAAUGGCAGCAGCUACUCUUCCGGAAACUUGUCUUCGUAAAAUUUUUAAUAGUUUUAACAAUUUAGAUUAUAAUAUAAGCUUUAAACGUUCACUUGUCUUGAUUAAUCGUUAUUGGUGCGAAACUCUUACACCGGAGCUCUGGA